GCGUCUUCAACUAUCGACGCUGACAGCGAGAUCAUUCGGCUAUGGGAUCAGCACGAGAAGAAAGAGGUGGAGAAGGAAAUCCUUCAGACCAUCGGGGAGGUGGACAUAAUCAAGCAGAACUUGAAGACGACGAAGACUCGCCCAGAAAUAGAGUCUAAGUAUGUGCUUGCGGCUGAGCUGAUGUCUGGUAGGAUCCCUUCACCGGAAGAGAUUCUUGAAGAGUCUCGCCGCGCGUACUACAUAGGGAAGGAAGAUGGUCGCCGCCCUGUGCUGAUACUUGACAGAGUAAUGGUCAUGCUUGCCCGCUGGGAUACACCUGCUUCGCCGCCCGAGGGAUGGACUUCGGAUGAGAUUCGGGAGUUCGUCAUACAGCAUGACCUCUCCGCACUUGUUGAUACAGGUGAUCUCUCCGGCCCCGGUUUUGAUUUAGUUGGGUCUCUCUCAGUUCUAGACUCACAGGGUCCUGAGUGGUCAGACCUGGCUAACUCUAUUCGUAAGGAGCUCGGUUCAACCGGGGCACAGCUUCGGCAGCGUUUCGACAUGUGUCACGGAAGCAUCUGCAACGCAACACUCGCGGUAGCCGACGGCCCACGAGUGACUCUGCCGCAUCGUUUGUUUCCCCACCGUGUAGCAGGUUUUACCGGGUCAAGUAGUGACCUGGAUCCAUAUGUAGUGCUGACUAAGUUUCUUGUCCGUGACAUGGUCACUGGUCGUUACCAUGUCACCCCGCCCCAGUGUCUCUACAACAUGAAGCCAUGGUGUAGAAACAAAGGCCAAAGUGGAUGCGUCGACAACCUUGGAGUCGCUUGGGGCAACCGCGACAUUAGUCUUGGCAGGAUGAGAUCGCUAGGGACUCGCAUAGAGUUUGACAUAGGUGGCACUACAGUCCAGAUUAGCAAACUAAUCACCUUCGGAGAGAGACUAUCUACUUUUGGUAGCAUCAGCCAGAGCAGUUCUUUCUUUGCUUUACAAGCAAAGAAAGACCCAGAAACAACAGACAGCAUCUCGUUAAAGAUAGGAGAGACUGUGACUAUCUCGGUACCCCUACCGUUUAUGAUAGGACUCGACGUCUUACUGUUCCUCCACAAGCGUGACAGCGACCGUGGCCUGAUUCUUACGAAAGACGGCAUAGAGGCGCCGAUAGUUACCGUAGUGACGUCCUCUCGUCGUUUAGUUUUACAAGUAGAAGCUACCAAGCCCUGUAGAAUCACCCAGAGGGGGGUAGAUGUCAUGUGCAAGCUUUUGCGCUGCAAGACACUCUCGCAGAAAAAGUCCAACUUGCCAGUCUUGACGCGUGCCGAUGUCUUGCGAGCAGGGCCAGAAACUGGCCUGAAACUGCUCGACGCUGAAGAGUCAGCUCAAGACAAGGGUGGGGAUGAGCCCAAAGCAUCGCCCAGUGCCCCGACGGCACCGGGUGAGCCCGUUGCAACAUUCAGUGCUGCAAUAAAUGCGCCACCGGUGACUCCGGAUCUCCUCAAGGGUGCCGCAGAGGAGCACGAAGAGUUCCAAAAGAGAUUUAGUGAGAACGAUGAGGGCUCCCCCGCGUUCCUCGCUGAUCUCUACAUACAGCUCCUCACUUACGUAGACAUGAGCGUCAUUCUCAAAGCCGCUGAGGAUAGCAAGACUCUUAGCGCGGACGACUUGAUCCAUAUGGUAGAAGUUUUCUGCUUUAUGAUUACAGUCCAGUAUGGACAUAGAACGCACAGUCGUGAAGGGCAUAGUCUCAGUACAUACAAGUGUAAUGAGUUUGGUGUAGAACUACUUAACUUCGGCAUGAGACCGCGGGAGCAGCCGAAGCGAAUGCGACACACGCAAGACGAAAACUUUAUGUCUGAUCUACUAGCACAACAGGCAGUCAUAAUGCAGAUUCUAGAGAAGUACGACAUUCAAAAGCAUGGGCCACUUCGCUACGUUUCUAACUCUAUGCGAGCCAAUAGGGCAAACAAAAAGGGAGGUCGACUGGUCUUUAUAUACUUAGGCCCAAACGACAUCGCCAUAGAUGUCUACUGCUAUUCAAUCAUAGCAGGGGAAGUGUUAGACUUUCUCUUUGAUUCCACUUGCAGGGCCAUGAUCGCAGACGACAUUAGGCAGGCUUUCUAUGGCAUUCGUGUCACAGAUGAGCUGGCUUCGUGGUUAGCAAUCAUGAUCGGCUCGGCAAUUUAUGUGCCGCGCCGGGCAUGCUUGGGGUUUAAGCCUUGGCCAGGGGUUUUCAUGCAGGUUGUUGCAUCGUUCGCAGCAUUACGCUGUGGGGAAUCGGCAGCAGAGGACUUCCGAAAGGAGUUCACUCCGCUUGCGCAAGGGGUUUCGUUAGGGUCUUUGCAUGUUUUUCGUGACGUAAACCUCUCUUGGAAGAGCAUGCAAGCGCAACAGGCUGAACAAGCUUAGCCAAAAUUCGUUUGCUCUGCGUACUCGUUGAAAAAUAAAACUUGUUCGUUACUAUGACUCAGUGUCUACCCCUCGUCUAGAUAUUGUUUAUCAAUUCCCAUCCCCACCCUAUAUGAUAUCGCAUCCAACUACUUUCGUGUUCAAUUAUCAAGUCAGCUCAAGCUUUUCGUUUGGCAAUAUAUUAGUUCGUUAGGCACGUAAGAUAAGUGCCAAAUUCUGGCUGAAGUGUACAUGCUGCAAGCAUGAACAGAACACAAGAAAAACGCUGUUAGCAACAAGCACACCAGCAGCGGACCCGAGGGCGACACGUUAAGAGUGUGGCCGCUCAAUGACAAGCAACUUACGGACCAUGUACUCUGAGAAACUAGCUUCAGUAUCUAUAGUCGAAGGAAGUACUGCCUUGAAGUUUGAUAGAUCAUCUACUUAGUUGGUUGUGAUAGUUUUAUAUCUUUUCCGAGCAGUGGCACCGCGGUGAGCAUCUGGCGCGACGCCAGAAUAUACAUAUAUCGCAUGUUCCGGCAAAUAUAACCUGAAGAAGGAAUAUACACUAUAUUACUGGUGACGCAGCACAGAGCAUUUUUCGCAAAGAUGGAAGUGGAGACAGUGGAACUGGAGCAAAGAUGGAACUGGAAUGGGAAUUCAUUGGAAUGGGAACUGGAGGGGUUUUGGAUCGGGAUUUGGAGGGAAGGGCGAAGUUCAUGGUCAUGGAUCAACCAACGAAGGAAGACAUGGGCUAACGCUAACCAGCAUAGCAGCAAAGUCGGGGCAGCACUUGACGUGAGUGCCGGAUGACUCCUGGAAGGCGUUGUGUUGUGGGGGCUCCCUGCUGUGGCUAUCUCCGCUCUAGUCUGUUUCAAGCAGUCUUUUUCUUUUUUCCGCUAUAGUCCUAUCUUUCGCAACCUUCAAAUAAAAGUGCUCUUUUUCGCAAGUUUUUUCUAUCGUUUAUCUUUCGUACCGUCCUGCUAAAUAGUUGAAGUAGAUCCUGCUGCGCCGCGAUUAGUAUCUGUCUUAUAUAUUUGUGCUUGAUUUGUUUUCGUAUCUAUGUUUUAUUUAAUUAAUUUCAGCAUCAUCACUCACUUUUUCAAUAACUUGCUUGAUCUAGUUUGACUCCUUUUCGCUCUAUUUUUGUGUUUGACUACUUAUCAUUAUUUUUCGUUGGAUGUUGAAUGUGUAGUAUAGUUCCCUUUCAGCACGUAUUUUUUGAGUUGUGUUGAUGUCAUGUCGCAUCUAGUUUAAGGUCGUAAGUUUGCUUAGCCUUAGGAGGCACGUCCUCAGCUAUCGCGCGUGCGUUAUAGUUGGUUUUUUGCACGACGCGGGUUGUCGUUGUUUGACCUUAAGAAGACGGUGGAUCCGCGCUGUGGGUCUUAGUCUCGAGGGUGUAAGAAAGGGUAGACAAGAAGCGAAGCCUUCGCGAAGAACGUAAAGUAAGCCAAAAGUGUCAGGAAACACUAGACAGCGGCUGAGGCGUUUAUGGUAGAAGUCUACUGGUAAGACCAUUGCGGGGUGGCGUUUGCUGGUAAGCCCAGAGCGGGGAUCUGGCGUUUGAGGUUGGGGGCACUCGGAAGGUGAACUGCGAUGAAGGCGCAGUAGCGGCGCCUCGUGAUGGCUAUGGUGGAUCUAUACUGUAUCGCCGAUGUUGCAUUUUUUAAGUAACUCACCGUGGGCAGCAGGUAGUUUAGUUCCUAGCUUCUGUUCGACGUAUUUUCGUACUUUCGACCUUCCCUUGUGUUUUAGUUAGCUUGUCGUAGCGUCUUGCAGUUACUUAGUUGUAGACUAGUCUUUUUUUUCAGUUUUCAGUGCAGCUUUCAAGGCUUAGAGCGGGGUGGUCCAUCAGCGUUGGGCAGCUGCUGCGGCAUGAUACCCGAGGGACGGGGAUCCAGCAGCAGCCCAAAGAAGAUCAAGGAGAGAAGUUUUGUCUGUGUCAAAAAGGUCUAUUUCUAGUAGGAACCGAUAACCCGGAACAGCUUGAAAAAGCAAAGAACUUUGACAAUUUCGGUUGGAUCUUCAAUGCACAUUGAGGGCAUUACAUUUGUGAACUUGAACAAGCAAAGCAGCUGUUGACCUGCUACAUGAUAAAAGAAAAUCUUUGAACAGCCACACUAGGGCCAUUGGAUGGCGAGAGAAGCACGAUUUUGAGCCCGUUUGGGCAGUUGAAGCCCAAAGUGGCACUUUUCACACAAGAAGUAACUCAACAACUCGAAUCCAAAAGCAUGGGCGUUCUUCACGUUACGCCGGUGCUCUCCCUCCGGCAUGCUAGGGGCAGCGUGCUCGAGAUCCGAUCA